AUGGCUACGUUCCCCGAGACCGACUUCCAGAUCUGCCUGCUGUGUAAGGAGAUGUGCGGUUCCCCGGCGCCGCUCUCCUCCAACUCGUCGGCGUCGUCGUCGUCCUCGCAGACGUCCACGUCGUCCGGGGGCGGUGGCGGCGGCGGCGGCCCCGGGGCCACGGCACGCCGCUUGCACGUCCUGCCCUGCCUGCACGCCUUCUGCCGCCCCUGCCUCGAGGCGCACCGACUGCCGGCGGCGGGCGGAGGCGCUCCGGGAGAACCGCUGAAACUCCGCUGUCCUGUGUGCGACCAGAAAGUGGUCCUAGCCGAAGCGGCUGGCAUGGACGCGCUGCCUUCGUCCGCUUUCCUGCUCAGCAACCUGCUGGACGCCGUGGUGGCCACCGCCGCCGCCGACGAGCCGCCGCCCAAGAACGGGCGCGCUGCGGGCGCCCCGGCGGGCUCGGGGACACACAGCAACCACCGGCACCACGCGCAUCACGCGCACCACCCGCGCGCGGCCACCGCCUCCGCGCCCUCCCUGCCUCCCGCGCCUCCGCCGCCUGCGCCAACCCGCUCCUCGGCUCCGGGAGGUCCCGCAGCCUCUCCGUCCGCCCUGCUGCUGCGCCGGCCCCACGGCUGCAGCUCGUGCGACGAGGGCAACGCGGCCUCCUCGCGCUGCUUCGACUGUCAGGAGCACCUGUGCGACAACUGCGUCCGCGCGCACCAGCGCGUGCGCCUCACCAAGGACCACUACAUCGAGCGCGGCCCGCCGGGUCCCGCCGCCGCCGCCGCUGCAGCCGCCGCCGCCGCCGCCGCCGCGCAGCAGCUCGGCCUCGGGCCGUCCUUCUCCGGAGCGCCCUUCUCCAUCCUCUCCGUGUUCCCCGAGCGCCUGGGCUUCUGUCAGCACCACGACGACGAGGUACUGCACCUGUACUGCGACACCUGCUCCGUGCCCAUCUGCCGAGAGUGCACCCUCGGGCGCCACGGGGGCCACAGCUUCGUCUACCUCCAGGACGUGCUGCAGGACUCGCGGGCGCUCACCAUCCAGCUGCUGGCAGAUGCCCAGCAGGGCCGCCAGGCAAUCCAGCUGAGCAUUGAGCAGGCGCAGACGGUGGCCGAGCAGGUGGAGAUGAAGGCGAAGUUGGUCCAGUCCGAGGUCAAGGCCGUGACUGCGCGGCACAAGAAGGCGCUGGAGGAGCGCGAGUGCGAGCUGCUCUGGAAGGUGGAGAAGAUCCGCCAGGUGAAGGCCAAGUCCCUCUACCUUCAGGUGGAAAAGCUGAGGCAGAGCCUCAACAAGCUGGAGAGCACCAUCAGUGCCGUCCAGCAGGUCUUGGAGGAGGGCCGGGCCCUGGACGUCCUACUGGCCCGAGACCGGAUGCUGGCCCAAGUGCAGGAGCUGAAGAGCAUCCGGAGCCUCCUGCAGCCCCAGGAAGAUGACCGGGUCAUGUUCACGCCUCCCGACCAGGCGCUGUACCUUGCCAUCAAGUCUUUCGGCUUUGUCAGCAGCGGGGCCUUUGCGCCGCUCACAAAGGCCACAGGAGAUGGCCUGAAACGGGCACUGCAGGGGAAGGUGGCCUCCUUCACCGUCAUCUGCUAUGAUCACGAUGGCGAGCCCCGCCACUCGGGAGGGGACCUGAUGGCAGCCGUGGUCCUGGGCCCUGACGGCAACCUGUUUGGUGCGGAGGUGAGCGAUCAGCAGAAUGGGACUUACAUAGUGAGCUACCGGCCCCAGCUUGAGGGUGAGCACCUGGUGUCCGUGACCCUGUGCAACCAACACAUUGAGAACAGUCCCUUCAAGGUCGUGGUGAAGUCCGGUCGCAGCUAUGUGGGCAUUGGACUCCCGGGCCUGAGCUUCGGCAGCGAGGGUGACAGCGAGGGCAAGCUGUGCCGGCCCUGGGGCGUGAGCGUGGACAAGGAGGGCUACAUCAUCGUGGCUGAUCGCAGCAACAACCGCAUCCAGGUGUUCAAGCCCUGCGGCUCCUUCCAUCACAAGUUUGGCACCCUAGGCUCCCGUCCCGGGCAGUUCGACCGGCCAGCCGGGGUGGCCUGUGACGCCUCUCGCAGGAUUGUGGUCGCCGACAAAGACAAUCACCGUAUCCAGAUCUUCACCUUCGAGGGCCAGUUCCUCCUCAAGUUCGGUGAGAAAGGAACCAAGAACGGACAGUUUAACUACCCUUGGGAUGUAGCAGUGAAUUCUGAGGGCAAGAUCCUGGUCUCUGACACCCGCAACCAUCGGAUCCAGCUGUUCGGACCCGAUGGAAUCUUCCUGAAUAAGUAUGGCUUCGAGGGGGCCCUGUGGAAGCACUUUGACUCCCCACGGGGCGUGGCUUUCAACCACGAGGGUCACUUGGUGGUCACCGACUUCAAUAACCACCGCCUCCUGGUCAUUCACCCCGACUGCCAAUCAGCCCGCUUCUUGGGCUCGGAGGGCACCGGGAACGGGCAGUUCCUCCGCCCGCAGGGUGUAGCCGUGGACCAGGAAGGGCGCAUCAUCGUAGCUGAUUCCCGAAACCACCGAGUACAGAUGUUUGAGGCCAACGGCAGCUUCCUGUGCAAGUUUGGUACUCAAGGCAGCGGCUUCGGGCAGAUGGACCGUCCUUCUGGCAUCGCGGUCACCCCGGAUGGAAUGAUCGUCGUGGUGGACUUCGGCAACAAUCGAAUCCUCAUCUUCUAGUCACAUCUUCUGGGUUUCUGUGUUUGGGGUGUGCGUGUGUGCGUCUCUCUUUUUGUAUUUCAAAGAAGAAGCAGU